AUGGGGCCGCCUGGGACGGCGGCCGGGAGGGCGGCCGGAGCGCAGUUCGGCUCGGCAGCACCGAGGGAGGUUGAGCCAGGCGCCGGGACUUCCCCUCUGCCGCUGGCUGAACUGAAGGGACUUUUGUCGGUCGGGGCGGUGCCGGCCGCCCGCCUCCACGCCCCCGGCCCCCCCGGGGCCACCCAUCCGCUCCAGGGGUUUCCUGGACUCAAUGCCGCUCCCGUAGCCCCGAGGAUCAGCCCGCAGUGCGCCCCGCCCGAGCCGCGCCCCGCGCCCGCCCCUCUUGGCUCCGCGGUGCCCAGGGUCCCUGCGCCCAGCCCUUGCCCCCAGCCAGUGCCCCCAGGCGCCGGGAAUCCUGAAAAUGCACAGAGAAAAAGACGUGGCGACAGAGGCACAGAGACCGUGAGAGACCAAGGAAAAGAGGCACAGAGAGAGACGCAGACCAGCCUCGGAGCGACCAAAGUCCAGGGCACGGGGAUGGGGGUGGGGAAUCUGGCUUCCCCUUCCCCCCGAGGCCCCCUCUCGGGCCGGGCGGGGUUGGUGGGUGUUGCUUCCAGGAGGACCCAACCCGCCACAGUGCACUGGAGUCCGACACACCUGAGUGAGGCGGCGACGGUGGUUGGCUGGUGCCUUCUGCUUUGGACAUCACCCACCUCUGAACUCGCCGCUCCGGCCUCCUGUGGUCACACGGACGCACAGCACACUUGCUCACUUCUGGGAAAAUCAGAGUGCAUCGCAUGUUUCAGAUCUCCAUUUCUCUUCUUGCGGGUCCCGCUGCACCCUCCGGCCCGACGCCGAGGCCCAGGGCCUCUGCCCCUGGAGAGCCAGGCCGUCGGAGGAACAGAGAAGUGUGGAAUCAUGGGAUGAAAAAAUAUAUUCAAAAAUUGUGAAAUACAAUGCGGAGAAUUGCAUAAAAUAUAAUGUCACGUUGCACAAGCUCUAGUAGAAGGAACAGUUAGUUUCAGGUCAAGAGCAUUGCCCUUUCCAGAAGCCCCUUCAUGCCUCUUCCAGGCCUCACACCUUUCCCUUCCCUGAGGUAGCCCGUGUUCUUCUAUGAUUCCAUCGCUUUUCUUUAUAUUUUUUGUGCCUGUGAAGGCAUAUCUGACCACAACAGUUUUGAAUUUUUAAU